CCCCCGGUAGAAGGCGCUGCUGCAGUCGUGUUCUGCUGAGCGCCGCUGUUCAAAAAUAGAAGAAGUCAAGAUGGCAGCUGCCACCAUGAAGGGACCUGUAGCGGUUGAAGACGUUGUCGUCACUUUUGAAGACCAACAGAAGAUCAAUAAAUUUGCCAGAAACACGAGUCGGAUGGGGGAACUCAAAAACGAAAUAGAGUCGAAGAAAAAAACGCUGCAGAACCUGCAGGACGCCAGCGAUGACCUCAUGAUGUUGGAUGACGACUCUUUAUUGGUCCCUUACCAGAUUGGUGGUGUUUUUAUUGGCCACUCUCAGGAAGAAACGCAAGAAAUGCUAGAAGCUGCCAAGGAAGCCCUGGAGCAGGAGGUCAAAGGCCUGGAGGAACGUGUGACAGAGAUCCAGCAGGUGCUGGGCGACCUGAAGGUCCAGCUUUAUGCCAAGUUUGGUAACAACAUCAACCUGGAGGCAGAUGAAAGCUAAGCUGCCAAAUGGAAACUUGAGGACUUUUACUUUUCCUUCCAGCUCAUGUUUCAGAUCCUUGAUGAUGCCAACAAAAACAUGAACGUGGAUGUUGAUCGUUUGUAGGUUCUGGCCUGCGUUUACAGAAGUCCGUGCUUUGAUAUUGGAAAGCAUAAUAAAAAGGACAAUACCUGUUAAUAUUUGGUUAUUAAAUGAAAUAAUGCCGAUAAUCUCGCAUGCCUGUACUCCUUAAUACUUCUUUUUGUGUUUUGUUACUGUAAAACAGAAGUAAAAAGGUGGAAGUUAAUUUAAACUUGUAAGUCUUACUGUCUCUAAUAAGAACUGCAUUAAUCUAAAAACUCUGAUUUUCUGUUGGAUAAAAUCAAUGCACUUCCCUGAUGCAUUUGGUUUAAAUAACUAUACUACAGUAAAUUGAAGAAGAGUGAUGCGCAGAGUUGAAGAAAAAGCUAAUUUAUCAAGAAUCUUGACUGGAUCUUCGCCUGUGUUUUAGUUAGACAGCGUAAAGGUUGUUGGUCGCUGUAAAAUGCUCUGCACUCAUUCAUUACUAAAAUGUAUCAGGUUCGAAUGAGUGUUUUUUUUAUGGCUAUACUAAUGUCUCAGAUGGAUAUUUUGCAUAUUAGUCCAUGUCUUCAUCAAGCUGAAAUACAGAAGCAGUGAAUAUAAAAGCACCAUUUAAAAAUCGCUA